UUUCUUGCUUGCUGAUUCUGGAUAUCCGGUGGAUUAGCAUUCCUCGAGUGAUCUUUCGCAGUCGCUUUUGUUUGGAGCCUCCGACGACAGCAUGCACGCCGCCAUCUGCUCAUCUCAUAGAGACAUCUCUAUCUUGAAAUAUACCAUAGUGCAACAUGCCUAAAACCAACCAACGAUAUGACAGAUCAGGCACCGAUCUCACGGAUGUGUUCGGUUCGUCCGUGCGUGCCAAAAAGAAAAUAAAGACGAUCGAGAGUGUGCUCGCAAGAGACGACUUGCCCGCAGAUAUUCGUAUUGAGAAAGAAAGAGCACUUAAAGCCUUACGAGUGGACUUGAAGUCCAGACUUUUUGAUUUGAAAACACAAAAGAGGGCGAAGAAAUACCACAUGGUGCGCUUUUUCGAGCGCAAGAAGGCAAUCAGAAAACUCAAACAGGCGCAAAAAGCAUUUGACCAGGCCACAGAGGAGGGCGUGAAAAAAGAUAUCAAGAAGGCAAGAAAAGUAUUGAAGCACUGUCAGAUUGACGUGGCAUACAACAUCAUGUACCCAAAGUCUCACAAGUAUAUUUCCCUUUAUCCAACAGGCCCAUCAGCGGAAGAAGCAGAGGACGAAAAUGUCAAAAAGGGUACGCAAAUCACCGACGCGAGAAGGCUCGAGUUCAAAAAGAAGGUCGAGGAUAUCAUAGACUCCGAGAAGUUGCCCUUUACUUUCGAAGACGUCUUGAAGGGCAAGAACAUCAACAUAGAUAACAUCAGAUGGCCACAGGAAUCGACAGAGAUCGAUGCAAGCACCAAUGACAUCAACAACGAGGAGGAAGACGAUUUCUUCGAGUAACUUUUGCAUUUUUAUCAUUCUUUAAUAUAAAUACCACAUUUGCUUUU